AUGUCGUCAACUUAUACUAGACAGAGGUCAUCUUCUGUCAACUCAAUAAGUUCUGCACAUUCUUCUUUUUCAACUCCACAACCAGUGCAAGUACCACAAAUCUCGGAACUACCCCAGAUGCAUCAGCUACAGCAUCCACAACAACAACAACAACAACAACAACAAAUACAAUCACAAAUACAGCCAUUACAGCAAGUACAAGUACAGCCGCUGCUACUGUAUCCCCAGCCUUCACUUACUAGUGUGCAGCAUCAACCAGGCAUUUCCAUACAGAAACAUCAAAAUUUCAUCAUCAAGCCUCCGCCGCCCAUUCAAUCUUUUCCUCGGCGGUCACCAUCGCCAAACACAGUUACCCCAUCAAAAAGUAAUUUUGACCUUGCUUCGCAACAAAUACUGCAUACCUCGUCACAUUUACUGAAACUGUCAAAUUCGGCAUCUCCAACGACAACCGCUGCCAAAAGCGCUAGUGGCAUGAACACAAACCAUCAGAAUUGUCAAAUUAUCACCACACCUGUAUUGGGCGCGAUGACACCCUCAUCGGCAAACCAGCAAAAUACAAAUCUUCCGAUGCAACCAAAUCACCACCAAAACCAACAACUACAACUACAACAAUCACUGCACCUGCACCUGCACCUGCACCUGCAACUGCAAAGCAGCGUUGCGCCGACGCCAAACUCGCUACGGAGUAUGUCCAUAGUCAGUAUUGAUCGGAGUCCGAGAAAUUCCAUCAUCUCGUUAGAUGAAAAUCUACGCAACCACACCAGAAACAAUAGCUCUGCGAGCUUGGCAAGCUUGAAUAACAACUUUGGCAAUCAUGGCAUUAUGGCUAUGACUCCACAUGCAACAUCUCAUACUUCUGCUGCGUCUACUGCUACUACUAGUAAUAAUACAACAACAACAACAGCAGCAGCAGCAGCAGAAACAACAACGGCCACUACACCAUCGUCGUUGAUGAUGACCUCAUCCGGUGGAAAUGUAUUUACGUCAUCUACUGUAGGAGCAUCUCCGUCGAAUUUUAGGAGCCACCAAAGCGACGGUUUGAUAUUUAGAAAGGGACACUUGCUCGGUAUACAGGGCAGUGCAAUUAUGUCAGACGAUGAUUCAGAAGUCGAUUAUGGUUCAGGUACAAACUCAAACUCAAAUUCAAACUUAAAUUCAAAUCCAAACUCGAGUUUUUUUAAUGUCAAGAAACAUACUGCCAACAAUUUAAGCUCAUCACCAAAUAUGACGAUGAGUACACCGCACCAACAUCAGCAUCAAUAUCCACUUUCAAACCAGCAAUUGUCGAUGAAGUCGGUUCUAAAACCAAAUUUACAGUACCGUUCCAAACGGAGAAGUUUUAAAGAGGAGGCAGCAACAUUACAUCAUUUGAAAGAUGAUUUCAAUUUCAAGUAUCAUGAUUAUGAAGAUCAAAUGGAUGGCAGACAACUAAUGCUGUACAAUAGUUCUAUGGGACCAACUUCGCCUGUGCUGCAUUUGACUCACCUGCAUCUAUAUAGUCUUAAUGCCAGCCCCACCUCUGAGGCUGUGGGAUUUGCUUUUCACAAGAGUACUGAAUUGCCCGAUCUCGACAAACUUGAUAAGCUCGAAAAAUACGAAAAGUCAAAGAAUUUCGAGCAAACUGAAAAUGUAUCUGAGUCAGCUAUUGGAUUGGGCCCACAUACACUGCCUAAACAAACACUGUCACUGACAUCGGCAUCGGCAUCAGCAUCGGCAUCGGCAUCGGCAUCAACACCGUCCCCGACAGGUCGAAGUAACAGUACGGUUUCCAAGAAAUUACGUGCCAACAACUCAAUCCAACAGUCAAUGUAUAUCAAACGCAAAUUGGCUCUUUCGAAAGAUUUACAAUGUGACCUCAAUACAAAACUACCAACCUUUGCUCAAGCAGGCUCACUGGCAGAUCAUCCAAAUGCAAGGCGUAUGACAGUACCUUCAUCCUCGUCAUCACCAUCUUCGUUUUCUUCUUCUUCUCCUUCUUCUUCCUCAGCAGCAGCCCCACUGACUUCUUUGCCACGUCAUUUUAAAUCAGCGGCAUCUUUAGGAGAUUUAGAUACCCCAUCCCCUAAUAAAUUAGCUAUGAGUAUGGGUAGAGUAGCAACGAAAUCAAAAGAUCUAGAUGUUGCAUCUGUACAAGCACCUUUGGGCGUGAAUGCUGCAAGUUCCAUUUCUGAGCAAAAUGAGUUGAUUAAUCAACUAAAUAGAAAAUGGAACCGGUCCGCGAUAAUUGCUAGUAGCGGUAUUAAUAACAGCAACACCCAUUCACCUACCACUACUACCAAUAUUGAUAAUAAUAAUAACAAUGAUAAUAAUAAUAAUGAUAAUGAUAAAGACAAUUAUGACGAUAACAAUAUCGCCAAUAAAGAUAAUACCGAUAUCAACCUCAACAAGCAUGACAAUAAUUGCUACAAUCAGAAAAACAAUAAUGACAAUAAUGACAAUAAUAAUAAUAUUAAUAAUAACGACGAUAAUGACAAUAAUAAUCAUAAUAACAAUUAUGAUAAUGAUAAUAGCUAUGGCCGCAACAGUGUUUUUCAAAAGAGCCCACAAAAAAGUGAAGUAAAGUUGAGUACCGCACCAAACGAACGAAAACGUUCACGACACGUAUCAAUAGAUGCCGAUGUACUCUACGAGGGCUAUGAUUUCAGUUGCGACCCAUUCGAAGAGUAA